CAAUUUUAGUUCUAUAAAAAGAAAAGCAUUAGUUUCACUUAUUAUAAAUAAUAAUUAGACAUAUUCAUGGGUCACUUUGUAUAUUAUAUUAUACAUAAAUAAUUUUAUUAAGAAGGUGGUGUAUUCAGUAUUCUAUCUAUUUUGUUGUUGGUAGUGGAAAAUGUCGAAUCCAAAGUUGUCAAGAAUACCUAGUAUGAGAGAGAGAGUUGAGGAUACUCUCUCUGCUCACCGUAAUCAGCUAGUGGCUCUCCUAUCCAGGGGAAGGGGAUAUUGCAGCCUCAUCAUUUAAUUGAUGAGUUGAACAAUGCUGUAUGUGAUGACACUGCUUGUGAAAAGCUGAAAGAAGGCCCCUUUUGUGAAAUCUUGAAAUCUACUCAGGUGUUUCAUUUGAUUUUCUGUUCAGAAUUUAAACAUCAAAAUUGGUUUACCUGACAUCAAAAUAUAUAGGAAGCCAUUGUGCUCCCACCAUUUGUUGCUAUAGCAGUUCGUCCAAGGCCAGGUGUUUGGGAAUAUGUUCGUGUGAACGUAUAUGAUCUGAGUGUUGAACAAUUGACGAUUCCUGAAUAUCUCCGUUUCAAAGAAGAACUUGUCGAUGGAGAGGAUCAUAAUCAUCUUUUUGUGCUUGAGCUGGAUUUUGAGCCAUUUAAUGCAUCAGUUCCUCGUCCCUCACGCUCCUCAUCCAUUGGAAAUGGAGUACAAUUCCUCAAUCGUCAUUUGUCCUCAAAUAUGUUUCGCAGCAAGGAAUCGCUCGACCCAUUACUUGAUUUCCUUAGAGGACACAAUCAUAAAGGGAAUGUCUUGAUGUUGAAUGAACGUAUACAGCGAAUCUCCAGGCUGGAGUCGUCUCUUAAUAAGGCAGAUGAUUAUCUCUCAAAGCUACCACCAGAUACACCCUAUACUGACUUUGAAUAUGCAUUGCAGGAAAUGGGCUUUGAGAAAGGUUGGGGUGAUACUGCAAAUCGUGUUUUGGAGACUAUGCAUCUACUUUCUGACAUUCUUCAGGCUCCUGAUCCCUCAACCUUAGAGACUUUUCUUGGUAGAUUACCAAUGGUGUUCAAUGUUGUCAUAUUAUCUCCUCAUGGAUACUUUGGUCAAGCAAAUGUCUUGGGUUUGCCGGACACUGGUGGACAGGUUGUCUAUAUACUGGAUCAAGUGCGUGCUUUGGAGGCCGAAAUGCUGCUUAGAAUAAAUCAACAAGGACUCAACUUCAAGCCUAGAAUCCUUGUUGUCACCCGACUGAUACCUGAUGCUAAAGGAACCACGUGCAACCAGCGGUUGGAGAGAAUUAGUGGAACUGAAUACUCGCAUAUUUUACGUGUCCCUUUUAGGACAGAAAAUGGAAUCCUUCAUAAAUGGAUAUCUAGGUUUGAUGUAUGGCCUUACCUGGAGAAGUUUACUGAGGACGUGGCAGGUGAAAUGUCUGCUGAGCUCCAGGGAGUGCCCGAUCUGAUUAUUGGCAACUACAGUGAUGGAAAUUUAGUUGCCUCCCUGUUAGCAUAUAAAAUGGGCAUCACACAGUGUACCAUUGCUCAUGCUUUGGAGAAAACAAAGUAUCCUGAUUCUGACAUCUAUUGGAAAAAGUUUGAGGAGAAAUAUCAUUUUUCAUGUCAGUUUACUGCUGACCUACUGUCAAUGAAUCAUUCAGAUUUCAUAAUCACUAGUACCUAUCAAGAGAUUGCAGGAACGAAGAAUACUGUUGGUCAGUACGAGAGUCAUACUGCUUUCACUCUCCCAGGCCUAUAUCGUGUUGUCCAUGGCAUUGAUGUCUUCGAUCCCAAAUUCAAUAUAGUGUCUCCUGGAGCUGACAUGACAAUUUACUUCCCAUAUUUUGACAAGGAAAAGAGACUGACAUCUUUGCAUCCCUCGAUUGAGAAGUUGUUAUUUGAUCCUGAGCAGAAUGAAGUGCAUAUAGGCAACCUGAAUGAUCAAUCAAAACCGAUAAUUUUUUCAAUGGCAAGGCUUGACCGGGUAAAGAACAUUACAGGAUUAGUUGAGUGCUAUGCUAAAAAUGCCACACUCAGGGAACUGGCUAACCUUGUUGUAGUAGCUGGAUACAAUGAUGUAAAGAAAUCCAAUGACAGAGAAGAAAUAGCAGAAAUUGAGAAGAUGCAUGCUCUUAUGAAGGAACAUAACUUGGAUGGUCAAUUCAGAUGGAUAUCAGCCCAAAUGAACCGGGCACGUAAUGGUGAGCUCUAUCGCUAUAUAGCUGACAAGAGAGGUAUAUUUGUUCAGCCUGCGUAUUAUGAAGCGUUUGGACUGACGGUGGUUGAAGCUAUGACUUGUGGUCUUCCAACAUUUGCAACUUGUCAUGGUGGACCGAUGGAGAUCAUUCAGGACGGUGUAUCCGGGUACCAUAUAGAUCCUUAUCAUCCCAAUAAAGCUGCUGAGCUCAUGGUAGAAUUCUUCCAACGAUGCGAACAAAAUCCUACUCACUGGGAAAAUAUAUCUGCAUCUGGCCUACAAAGGAUUCUCGACAGGUAUACAUGGAAAAUUUACUCGGAGAGGCUGAUGACUUUGGCUGGUGUAUAUGGUUUCUGGAAGCUUGUUUCAAAACUCGAGAGGCGUGAAACUAGACGAUACCUCGAGAUGUUCUACAUUCUCAAGUUCCGCGAGUUGGUAAAAUCUGUUCCUCUAGCAGUUGAUGAGAAGCAGUGAGGAUUUUGCAAAGGAAUAAAUAACGUGGAGCAUACCACUCUUAUCUAUGAUAAUUUUUUUUUUGGUUCUUCUUGUUUGUUGUGUAGUUAAACUAAUUAAGUGCACUCAGUUUCUAAUAGAUCUCAAAUCGCUACACGUUACUAUCUCC